AUGGAGGGCUAAAAUUUAUUUUCUAUUAAUAAUUGCUUUACAGGAAUUUAAGAAUUGAUUAUAGAUUUAUUUUAUUUAAAAAAAAACUACUAAUAGAUUUGUAGAUAGAGUAAAGCAAAAACUUUAGAUUCUCAUUCAUGCAUAAAUUUUAAAAAUAAUCAAAUCAAUUAUAUUACUCAGAAUUUCAAAGUAUAUUUAAAAAAAAAUCAAUAAGUUAACUUUGUGUAAUAAUUGAAAUUAUUUUGGACAAUCUAAUAGAAAGAAUAAAAAAGAGCAGAAAAUAAGAAUAUGGUGAGUAUGGUAUUAUAAUAAAAAAAAAUUGGAACGAUCAUUGAUGGAAGAUGAACAGAUGAGGAAAAUAAAUUUAUAUAUUACUUAAAAUAUGCAGC